AUGAUUUUAUAACAAGAAUUAGUAGAAGAUUAAAAAAGAUAAGCAUAUGAAUAGUUAGGUGAUAAUCCAACAGAAGUUGAUAUUAAAUAUGUUAGCUAUUUACUAAAAAUUCCAUUACUCACAAUUAGAUAAUGGUUAGAUGAAAAAGCUGGACUUGAUCUUUAAAUUGAAAUUUAACCAGAAGAAGAAAAAGAUGUAGAAAUUAUUGGUAUCACCUAAAAAAAAAUUAAAUUAUUAAGUCUUUAACAUCUUUAAGUAAAAGAGGAAGAAACAUCAUAAUAAAAAUAAAAUUGUUAAUAGUAGAAAAAAAAAAUUAAAACUACAGAAUCUAAUGAUAAAGUGAAAUAGCAUAAAAAGAAGGAAGUAAAUAAGUCAACUAUAACAAACAAAAAGCUUCAAAAAAUGAAUACUAAAAAUAUAAAUAUCUCCAAUCAACAAACUUAAGAGAAAUAAUAGCAAGAAAAUAAUAGUAAAAUUUAGAAAUAAUAUACUAAUUAUAAUUUAUUAAAAUAAUUUGAUUAGAUAUAACUUAAUUUAGAAGAAUUAGUUUAAAAUGAUAUUCAGUUUAAUUAAGAAAAACCUUAAAAUCAAAUUAAUAAUUAAAAUUAAUAGAUACCUAAUCAAAGAAAUUAAAUUUAGAAUUCAAAUUAAUAAAUUGAUUAAGCAACAAAACCACUUAGGAUUUGCAUUUAAAAUUAGGAUCAGCCUUAAUAACAAUUAUAAUCAAAAAAUAAUGAAAAACCUGUUUAAUAAUCUUAAAUAAAUCAAUCCAAAAUGAAUCCCUCUGCAUAAACAGAUUUGACUUAGUAUUUGGAUGAUUGGUAAUCCUAAAACUAACAAUAAAAUUAAUAAGUUCGAAAAUAAUUUUAGUAUCCAAAUAUUUAAAAAACAAAUGCUCUAUAAUAAUAAGCAAAAAAUUAACAGAAACAUAAUAAGAUGUAUUAUGGAAAUAAUUAAAAUAGUGAAAAAGUAAAGCACAUAAUUGUAUUAGAUGACGAUUGUAAUAUAAAAUAAAGCAAUAAUAAUUAAAAGAAAUAGGUUCAAUAAAAACCAAACGAUUAGAGUUAAUAAAACCCUAUUGUAAUCCAAAAUCUGAAUAAAGAAUUGAUUAAUAAAGAUUAAAAUAAUUUAAAUAGAAAAAAUCAAACAAAUAAUUCAGAUUAAUAGAUAACACAUAUUCAUCAGAAGGAGAAAUAAAAUUAAGAAAAUUAAAAUUAAAACAAACAAGUGAAUAAUUCUAAGAAUAUCUCAGAAUAAUAAUAAUAAUAAUAAUAAUAAUAAUAAUAAUAAAAUAAACUUUUAGAAUCUAAUAAAGUCUCUAAUGAAUCAUAGUUAUAAAUAAAAUCAUCAAUAAUUUAAAAUUAGUAGUCAGAUUAAUAAUAAUAAAAUGUUAUCGAGAUAUAAGAUAAUGUAAAUUUUUAAUAAGUUUCGGAAUAAAAAUAAGCAAAUUAAUAGUAACACUAAAACUCAAAUUAGAAUUAAAAUGAAAUUUCUUAACCAGUAUAAAAAAUUUAACAAUAAAGAUUAUCAAACAUAACUUCUCAUCAAUCUUAAUAGUAGAACACAAAUAAUGAUAUUAUUGCUUCGAAAAAUUAAAAUAUAGAUUAUUUGAUUAAUAAGUAAGCAUCAAUCACCUCUGAACUUAAUUUAAUCCAAUAAUAAUUAAAUUAAGCUUUGUAUUAACCAAAUUCUUAAAUUCAUGAAGUUAAAUAACAAUAUUAUGGUUCCUAAGAAGUAAUGUAAAUAUUGAAUUAACAUUCUUAAACAUUAACACAAGUAGUUUCUAUGUUAUCAACGAUAGGAAGCUUUUAAUUUUCUUUGAUGGAAAGAUUAAAUCUAGUUUACAAUUCAGUGAACAAUAAUAGUUGA